GCAAUUUUUCGGUCUUUUUAUUUAUUUGUAUAUACUUUUUGGGGCACCUUUCUGGCAAAUUUCGAUUCCGGAGUGCAUCAAUAAGCACUUUUCAAGCCCCUACAUUACACCUAGUCAUAGAAAGACGAACACUAGACUCAAGUAUAGAACUUUGGCAAGAUGGCCUCAUCUAACUCAGGUCAGGUUGCCAGCGGUAGCAACAAAAAGAGCUUCACUAGACAAUCCUAUGCCGAUCGUGUUGCUCACUUUGGUAACAAUGAAGCAGCAAGACUUCUACUUGAAACCAUGGAACGCAAAGAAACAAAUUUAUGCGUGAGCGUGGAUGUAACCAAGAAGCAAGACUUAUUGGACGUAGUCGAUGCUGUUGGACAAGAUGUCGCUCUCAUUAAAACUCACAUUGACAUUGUGGAGGAUUUUGAUCAAGAUUUGAUUCAUCAACUCACUGCACUCAGCAAAAAGCAUGACUUCCUCAUCUUCGAAGAUCGCAAAUUCGCUGAUAUCGGGAAUACUGUCUCACUGCAAUACUCUUCAGGCGUUCACAAGAUCGCUUCUUGGUCCCAUAUCACCAAUGCACACAUGGUACCCGGACGUGGCGUCAUCACUGGAUUGGCAAAAGUCGGUCAACCUCUUGGUCGUGGCUUGCUCUUGCUGGCCGAAAUGAGCAGCGCUGGCUCUCUUGCAAAGGGAGAAUACACAAAAACAUGUGUAGAGGAAGCAUUCAAUGAUCAAUCCGAAUUCGUUUGCGGCUUCAUUGCUCAAAGUCGAGUUGACGAACGUUUUGCAAAUGUAGGAAAGAAGCGUGAUCUUCUUGUCCUCACUCCUGGUGUUGGUCUUGACGUAAAAGGAGAUGCCUUGGGUCAACAGUACCGCACACCAGAAGAAGUCGUCAUCGAUGGCGGCAGUGAUGUGAUCAUUGUCGGUCGUGGUAUCUAUGGUGCUUUACUAGAUCCCCAAGUGGCCGAAGGUGGUUCUCUCGCCCGUGCCAAAGCAUUCGUCAGCGUACGUGAACAAAGUCAACGUUACAAGGAAGAAGGCUGGCGUGCCUAUUUGAAACGCAUUGGAGUCAGUCCAAGUACGUAGAAGAACCUCAUGUUUGUCCGCCUUGAAAUGCAAUGAAUACUAAAGUUCGACUUUCUACCUUUUUUGAAACAGUUCCAUCACCUCGCCUUUCGCCUCGCAUUCUGAGCGGCAGCCACAAGUUGACACGAACGGAUUCCAGCGAUUCUCGCUGCCGUCCAUUCACCAACGAAGGAGUCAGUGUCGUAUUUGGAUACGGAAGUUUGAUCUUCAAACC